AUGGAUGACUUAGAAAAUGGACUCGUUCUACUGAAAAAAAUGGUAGAAGAUGCACUCUACAAUUUUUGUAUUAAAUAUCCAAAUGAUAAAAUUUACGUCAAUGAAGAAGUUUUCACUGAGUCUGAACUUGAUGAAAUUCGAGAAUAUAAGCCUAAGCCAAUGCCAGAAACUUAUUAA